CGGCCACUCUGAUGUUGGGAAGAAUAGCUCUUGCAUCCCACUCAGUCUGCUCUCUACUCUCCCAGCUCUCCUGUUUCACGCAGGCUCCCUGCCUUCCAGCGUGGUGCUGUCCUUUCACUCGCUACUAUUCAUUACCAUCCAGUGUGUAUUUUCAAAAAAAAAAAAAAGAAAAGAAAAAGGGAAAACCUACUAAGGUGGACCAAAAGCGCCGGCAGAGGACUGAGGAGUUUGUGCACGGAAGAAAAGAAACUUACAUCCACAUGUAAAUUGUCCUGGAAAGACUGGAGCUUUUACUAGAUUCUCGUUCCAAAGGAUAGCACGCUCACCUACAGAGGGUGCCAGCUCCAGUCGAACCAAACACAAGUACAUGACUGAGUCUGCAUCUCAUGAUGGACAAGAAAAGUGCGAAUGGCUUCCAGUCCAAAGCCACCGAGGGCGGUGUACAGAGGAAGCAGCUGCCCUAUUCAGUGGAGACUCCCUAUGGCUUCCAUCUGGAUCUUGACUUCCUCAAGUAUGUGGACGAUAUUGAAAAAGGCAACACCAUCAAGAGGGUCCACAUCCAGAGGAGGGUGAAGGGCCCAGCUAAAUUCAGCACUCUGCCUAGAAAUUUUAGCCUUCCUGGACAUGGAGUCAGGCCUCCCCCUAAGGAAGGGGCAUGGUCUGGGACAUCUACCUUAGGGCCAAAGCCCAAAUCACGAGUGACAGAGGUCCAACAAAUAUUUGACUUUAGACCAAGUGAAGGGGCAAUAUCUAGUCAUAGCAGCAGAUUGACAACUGGUCAAGGAACUGCAAAUAUUUCAAAUAAAUCCAGAGAUGAACCUGGCACAGGUGUUGAAGGUACUGAAGAUAAACCUGCUGUCCUUCAAAGUCGUCCAAACCUCCUCAGAGCGUCAUCAAUGCCUGUCACCCUGCAGCAGAGGAAAGGUUCAGAUUCAAGCAGCCCUGAUUGCACAACGGGAACGCCAGAAAAUGGAUCAACAGAGAACAUGUUCCGUGCCUCUCCAGAUAUACUGGAACGACGAUGCCUUCCGCAGGAUCGGGCAGGUCUUCACCAGCAGAUAACAGUGGCACUAAAAAGAGUCAGAGAGCUGGAAGAACAGGUCAAAACUAUCCCAGAACUAAAGGCUCAAAUCUUCUCCCUGAGGGAGGAGCGGGAGAAGCUACUACGUCAGAUACAAACACAGUCUCAACUUUCCACAUCACCCUCUGCACAAGCAACAACUUCUGAGACAGGGGAACACAGUCAACCCCAAAGACAAAGACCUUCAGAAGGUCUCCAUUUAUCUUUGGCAAUUCAACCGACUCAAGGUGUUGCUUUUGAGCAAUUGCCAGUAAAUGUGGAAGAGACACACAAGGAGACAAAAAGAACAAAAGAACUACCAAAACAGAGAGAGGCUCCCACAAAUCAAAAACAAACUCUACCAUCAGAGAAAGUAGACAAACAAAAAGAGAGCCUGCUGGAUGAUGCAGUGGGUAGACUGUCACAGGAAAAAGACAUUGUUGCAAAAGAAACUGAGAUUUUCAGAGAAAGUAAUGUAUUAAAGGAGGACCAAAAUGGAAUGCUGAAGCUGGAGGAGAAGCUAAUGAUACUGGAGGCAAAACUUACACAGGCUAGCCAGGAGCUAGAGAGGACUAAUGCUCUUUUGAAGGAACAAAUGGAAGAGAACAAAGCAAAAGAGGAGAGAAUAUUGCAAAUGAGUGAAGGAAUGAGAGUGGAAAUCUGUACCACACAAGCAACUGAGAGGCCAAGAAGAGAAAGCAUAGAUGCUGGAACAGUUACGGAGAGGCUAGAUCUCAGCCACCAAGAAACAGAGACAGAAUCUCCUGUUACAAUAGAUCAGGGGACAGAUACAGAUAAAAUCUGGGUUGAAGUGACUGUACCCAAGCCAAGGGCUAGAAGUAUAGAUCGAGGAACAGUGACUAGUAAACUUGACACUAGCUACCAGCAAACAGAAAUUGAGGCAGAGUUAACAGCGGCAAUACAACCUCGGCCCAGAGCUAACAGUAUGGAACGAGGCACAAUAACGGAGAGUGCUAUCACUCAAGAUCAGAUGACCGAGACACCUGCUGCUGAAAGAGUAAACCAAGUCACGGAGACAGAGGGAGAGACAGUAACAGACCAUCCACAGAGACCAAGGGCCAGUAGUGUAGAUCAAGGGACGGAGACUGAAAGGCUGAACACUGUGGACAGAGUCACAGAGACCGAGGCAGCACAGAGGAGCGACCAGCAAACCGAAACAGAGACAGAACGACGGCAGGACAAGUCGUCCCUAAAUGCAGAAGUAGGAGGUCUAAUGGGUGAAAGAGAAAGCAGUGUGCAAAGAGAUAUCGGUCAUCCUGUCGGUAGCACUGCAGAAAGUGAAAGAACAAAUGAAACAGUUAAAGUAGAGGUUUCUACAAAGACAUUUGUUACAGAUUUUGAAGACAUUGUUGAGCAAACUUUAGAUUCAGAUACUGGAAUGAAGAUUGAAGUGUGUCCCAGUUCAGUCUCUGUAAUAGAUGAUUCUAAGACUGAAGUGAGCUCUGCACAAGGUGACUCAAAAAUUAAUGACACUGACCCAUCCAAUAGCGUACAAAAAAUAGAACCUGGAAAUACUGAAAUAGAGACAACAGAAAACAAAGAAAACGAAGACAAGGAAAUUGUGUGUGCAUCAGUCAAAGAAAAUGUGGGCCCUUGUGCUGUUGCAGUAAUAGCUGAAAAUUCAGCUGUGAAGGCCCUAGCUCCUGUUAGACCACAGAGAGGCCGCAAGACCUCAGUGGAGCAAACACAGCCAUUACCUCCUCAACCUCAUCUUGUACCCGUGCUCUCCUGUAUGGAAUCCAGUCAACCUGAAGCUGAGAAGACCACAACAAAAGUUCAGACUGCACUCCAACUGGAGGCUGAGGUUUCAGCACAGCCCUCUGAACCACACGAAAAUGAUCAACCACCAUCUGUGCCUCAUGUUCAAGACAGUAGUCAAGCAAAGAAGCCACCUGAUGAGUUAGUCGAGAAGCAGUCUAAUGCACAACCUCAGGGUGAAUCUCAAAGCGCUUCUUCAAGCCCUAAGGAAAUCCAAACAAAGACCAAAACCAUUCAACCCCACACAAAGUCUCAAACGACCUCUCGUCGGAACUCAAAAGAGCAGAAAGCACUACAGAGAGGAUCCAGUGUAUCACAAACUUCUGGUCAUGAAUCAGGGGAAACCAAGACCCGUCAAACUCGCCAAGGGUCAGGUGAUACACAAUCUCACUCUCAGAGCUUGCGUAGAAGCUCCACCGAUGCUCUGUCAUCUCAGAAAGAUGCCAGUGAGACACAACCGCCACGAAGGAGAUCAAGCGAAGCAGCUCAGACUCGUGUUUCGAGUGAGGCAAAGGCGUUGAGACGGGAAUCUGCCGACUCUCAGUCAGCACGCCGAGGUUCUGGCGAGUCACCAACAUCCCCAGCAGCUUUGGGACAAGUCGUAACUCGGAUAACAGGUCUUCUCGGGGAGCAGUGGGCACAGCUGGGGAGCAGCUCAGGAGCGCAACAGACGGCCAGCCAACAGGAGAGCCCCAGUGCCCCGAAACAGACAGCAACUAAAAGGGCAGAAGCAGGCAAGGGAACCCCAGCAAAGCCCACAGGCAAAGGCGUCCCGGCUGCAGCAGCUGGAAAACCAGCGGGGAAGUCUGGUGCUUCCAAAAUGAGUUCUAUUCAGAGCCAACUGGUCAGCUCCCUCAGUGUGCUCUCUGCCUUCUACUCCCCAGGCCAGAAAGCAGCUGCCACCAGCAAACAGCAAGAGCAAGGCCUCAAAUCUAUUAUGAAGAAAAAUGGUGUUGCUGACAAGCAGGGGAGCAAGGGAGCCAAGAAAAACCUGAAGUUUGUUGGGGUGAAUGGAGGGUACGAGACGACGUCAAGCGAGGAUUCCAGCGGAGAUGAAAAGUCAAAAGUAGAAGUGGAAGAGGAAGACAAAUCAGAAGUAGUGGCAGAGAAGGAAACAGACAAGGAGUCAGAGGAGGCCGCCGAGAUCCUGGGGGCAGAUGCCGAGGCUGCUGCUGCUGCCGCUGCUCCUGCUGCUGCUGAAGGAGGAGGUGAUGUGGGUGAAGAGAAAGAGGUUGAGAGGAGCCUGUUGGGUUUAGAAGGCGGCCAUGAGCUCCUGCAGGAAGAGGAGGCUGAGAGGGAGAAAGUUGACAAAGGAUUCAUCGAUGCUUGCGUGUAUGUAAAGGAUCGCAUGGAAGAGGUUUCGUCCCCAGAUAAAGAAAUGCGUCAGGUGUUGGUGGUGCUUUAUCAGGAGUGGUUCAAGGUCUCCAGUCAGAAAGACUCCCAGGCAGAUACAGUCAGAUUAUACCUGAGACGAGUGGGACUUACCACACCCACUCUUCUGCCAUACGUCGUUAACUUGACCGACGGCAAUGGGAACAUGGCUCUUCACUACAGCGUGUCGCAUUCUAACUUCCCUGUGGUCAAGCUGCUGCUGGACACCGGUCUUUGUGAAACAGAUAAUGUGAACAAGGCGGGCUAUACUCCAGUGAUGCUGGCUGCCCUGACGGCUGCGGAGAGCCCGGACGAUCUCGAGGUGGCUGAGCAGCUGCUAAAACUCGGCGAUGUCAAUGCACGCUCCAGACAGGCUGGCCAGACCGCGCUGAUGCUCGCCGUGAGCCACGGUCGUGUUGCCAUGGUGAAGCUGCUCCUGAGCUGUGGCGCGGAUGUGAAUGCCCAGGACAGCGAAGGAUCCACGGCCCUGAUGUGUGCCUCUGAGCACGGACACACGCACAUUGCCUGUUUGCUGCUGGAGACAGGUCGCUGUGAUAUCGGGCUCACAGAUAAGAAUGGUCAAACAGCACUGUCGGUGGCAGAAGCAGCUGCUCAUCAAGACAUCAUUGGUCUUCUAAAAUCUCAUGCGUCUGAGCCCACGUCUGCUGCAGACCUCCUCUGAGUUCUACAGUUUUCCAAACCAUUCCAGGUCAACAACUGCCUCUAUUUCCAUGAUCCUCUUCCUAUCAACAUAAGGGAAAAAAAGCAAGACUUAACACUGUAUGUGAUGUUGUAUAAGAUAAGCAUGGAGCUGCCUUUUUGACCUCUGGGAAUGGAGCGUUUUU